AUGGCGAUGGCAAUGGCGCUUCGACGACUCUCCUCUUCCAUUGACAAGCGUUUCCGUCCUUUGUACAAUGCCACCUCCCUUUAUUACAUGUCAUCUUUGCCAAAUGAAGCAGUGUACGAGAAGGAGAAAUCUGGUGUCACUUGGCCAAAGCAACUGAAUGCUCCACUUGAGGCCGUUGAUCCUGAAAUUGCUGACAUCAUCGAGCUUGAGAAAGCGCGCCAAUGGAAGGGACUUGAACUCAUUCCUUCGGAGAACUUCACUUCGGUGUCGGUGAUGCAAGCAGUUGGGUCUGUCAUGACCAACAAGUACAGUGAAGGGUAUCCGGGUGCAAGAUACUAUGGAGGGAAUGAAUACAUCGACAUGGCAGAGUCCUUAUGUCAGAAGCGUGCCCUGGAAGCAUUCCGGUUGGAUCCUGAAAAAUGGGGAGUGAAUGUGCAGCCCCUUUCUGGUUCUCCAGCCAAUUUUCAUGUUUACACUGCACUAUUAAAGCCCCAUGACAGAAUCAUGGCACUUGAUCUUCCUCAUGGUGGGCAUCUCUCUCAUGGUUAUCAGACGGACACCAAAAAGAUAUCUGCUGUGUCUAUAUUUUUUGAGACAAUGCCAUACAGAUUGAAAGAGAGCACUGGCUAUAUUGACUAUGACCAGUUGGAGAAGAGUGCAGCUCUUUUUAGGCCAAAAUUAAUAGUUGCUGGUGCUAGUGCUUAUGCACGUCUAUAUGAUUAUGCACGUAUUCGAAAGGUUUGUGACAAGCAAAAAGCAAUAUUGUUGGCAGACAUGGCACACAUUAGUGGUUUGGUUGCAGCUGGUGUCAUCCCUUCACCUUUUGAGUAUGCUGAUGUUGUAACCACCACAACUCACAAGUCACUUCGUGGGCCUCGUGGAGCCAUGAUUUUCUUCAGAAAGGGACUGAAAGAGAUUAACAAGCAAGGGAAAGAGAUUUUCUAUGAUUAUGAAGACAAAAUCAAUCAGGCUGUCUUUCCUGGACUUCAAGGUGGCCCGCACAACCACACAAUUACUGGUCUUGCAGUUGCACUGAAACAGGCAACUACUCCAGAGUAUAAGGCCUACCAAGAGCAAGUCCUCAGUAAUUGCUCAAAGUUCGCACAGACUCUGGCUGAGAAGGGAUACGAACUUGUUUCUGGUGGAACAGAAAACCAUCUAGUUUUGGUUAAUCUGAAGAACAAGGGUAUUGAUGGCUCCAGGGUUGAAAAGGUGUUGGAAGCAGUGCAUAUGGCAGCAAACAAAAACACUGUACCUGGAGAUGUGUCUGCUAUGGUUCCUGGUGGCAUCAGGAUGGGAACCCCUGCUCUUACGUCUAGAGGAUUUGUUGAGGGGGACUUUGUUAAAGUAGCAGAAUAUUUUGAUGCUGCUGUGAACUUGGCACUGAAAAUCAAGGCUGAAACAAAAGGGACAAAGUUGAAAGAUUUCGUGGCCACACUGGCUGCUCCUAACUUUCAAUCAGAGAUUGCAAAACUCCGCCACAACGUUGAGGAGUAUGCAAAGCAAUUCCCGACAAUUGGAUUUGAAAAGGGAACCAUGAAGUACAAGAACUGAGAAACCAACCUUGUCUGCAAGGUAUGCAUGUGCUAGUAUGAUUUUUCUACUGGUGGAGGUGAAUGAGGAACAACAUUUUACUUGCAGGCCAAUUGUAUAGAAUGUGAAUUAACAGCUUUUAUGGGUAUACAUGAGAAAACUUUGGUUUGAAUCUUCACUGAAUGUGUAUACAUACAUACUUAUAGACCCUUUGAAGCAAUAAACCUGCAUUGAGAUCAAAA